CAAUAGCAAAGAAUGUUUCUUACAUGAGAAACCAUAAUUUUGGUAAAAUCAGUUUCUAAGCCGACAUUUGAGGAUAACCUUAAUCUCCACAAACUUCGCUCUUUAUAACUCAUGAUUCCCUUCUCUAUCUCUCAAUCUCUCAGUCACCAAAAUCCUGGUACACUAACCCUUUUCAUAUUAUUAUUACAAUGGCUGAUGAUGCUAAAGACAAAGUUGACCGAGACCGAAUUUUCAAGCGCUUCGAUGCCAAUGGUGACGGUAGGAUCUCUGCAUCGGAGCUCGGUGAAUCCUUGAAGACGCUUGGCUCCGUUACCCCUGACGAAGUGCAGCGGAUGAUGGCCGAGAUCGACACCGACGGCGAUGGGUACAUUUCAUACGAAGAGUUCACGGAUUUUGCCCGUGCCAACCGUGGUUUAAUCAGAGAUGUUGCAAAGAUAUUCUAAGUGUUUGUAUACCGUUUAUUGUUCUUGUUGUUGUUUUCUUGUUCUG